AGAAAGUCGUCUUCCUCCACUGGCCGACGGCUGUUCCGAUUGUGUUCAGGCUACUUUCUCUCUCUAGAUCGCCUACACUUCAUAUCUCCUGCACAUGACUCAUCAUAUCUUCUGCGUAUCUACCUGGAAGGAGAGUUGGUAGAAGCCGCAUUAUAUCUGCUCGAUCUUCGCAGGGGAGACCCUUGUGGAGCGUUGGAUCAAACAAUUUGGUAGCCGCCUCUGAGCUGGAUCGGAUCUGAGCGUCGGAGGAGAUGGCGUUGUCCGGCAUGAGAGGUCUGUCGGUUUUCAUUAGUGACAUUCGCAAUUGUCAAAACAAAGAGCAGGAGCGUCUACGCGUUGACAAGGAGCUCGGGAAUAUUCGCACUCGAUUCAAGAACGAAAAGGGGUUGACACCUUACGAGAAAAAGAAAUAUGUCUGGAAAAUGCUUUACAUUUUUAUGCUUGGUUAUGAUGUUGAUUUUGGUCACAUGGAAGCUGUUUCUCUAAUAUCUGCCCCGAAGUAUCCUGAGAAGCAGGUUGGUUACAUAGUCACAUCAUGUUUGCUCAACGAAAAUCAUGACUUCUUGCGACUAGCAAUUAAUGCUGUGAGGAAUGACAUUAUUGGACGCAAUGAGACAUUUCAGUGUCUAGCAUUAACCUUGGUUGGGAACAUAGGCGGAAGGGAAUUUGCCGAGUCUCUGGCACCGGAUGUCCAAAAGCUGCUUAUUUCAAGUAGUUGCCGGCCACUUGUAAGAAAGAAAGCUGGAUUGUGUCUCCUACGCCUAUUUAGAAAAAACCCCGAUGCUGUGAAUGUGGAUGGAUGGUCAGAUCGGAUGGCACAACUAUUGGAUGAACGUGAUUUGGGUGUCUUGACAUCUUCCAUGAGUCUAUUGGUUGCUUUAGUGUCAAAUAACCAUGAAGCAUAUUGGAAUUGUCUUCCGAAGUGUGUUAAGAUAUUGGAGAGACUUGCAAGGAAUCAAGAUGUUCCUCAAGAGUAUACUUAUUAUGGAAUCCCUUCUCCUUGGCUUCAGGUGAAGACUAUGAGGGCUCUUCAAUAUUUUCCAACUAUAGAAGAUCCAAACACCCGGAGAUCAUUGUUUGAGGUUUUACAACGGAUACUCAUGGGAACUGAUGUUGUGAAGAAUGUGAACAAGAAUAAUGCCUCACAUGCAGUUCUCUUUGAAUCUCUUGCUCUUGUCAUGCAUCUCGAUGCUGAAAAAGAAAUGAUGUCUCAAUGUGUUGCAUUGCUUGGAAAGUUUAUUGCUGUUCGUGAACCAAAUAUUCGAUAUCUUGGUUUGGAAAACAUGACUCGAAUGCUGAUGGUUACAGAUGUACAGGACAUCAUCAAAAGACACCAACCACAGAUUAUUACCUCGCUGAAGGAUCCUGAUAUCAGCAUUAGGAGACGAGCUCUUGAUUUGCUGUAUGGAAUGUGUGAUGUAUCUAAUGCAAAGGAUAUAGUUGAAGAAUUAUUGCAGUAUCUAAGUACAGCAGAGUUUGCAAUGCGUGAGGAGCUUGCACUAAAGGUUGCAAUUCUUGCAGAGAAGUUUGCCCCUGAUUUGUCUUGGUAUGUUGAUGUGAUCCUUCAAUUGAUUGACAAGGCUGGAGAGUUUGUCAGUGAUGACAUAUGGUUCCGUGUUGUGCAGUUUGUUACAAACAAUGAGGAUCUACAGCCCUAUGCAGCUUUAAAAGCAAAAGAGUAUCUCGAUAAGCCUGCUAUUCACGAGACAAUGGUCAGGGUUAGUGCAUACAUCCUUGGAGAAUACAGCCAUUUUUUAGCUAGACGGCCUGGGUGUAGUCCAAAAGAAAUCUUUAGUAUCAUACAUGACAAGUUUCCUGCAGUUUCGACUUCAACAAUUCCGAUUCUCCUUUCAACAUAUGCUAAGAUUUUGAUGCAUAACCAACCGCCGGAUCCAGAGCUACAGAAUCAAAUUUGGGCAAUAUUUCGAAAAUAUGAAAGCUGCAUUGAUGUUGAAAUACAACAACGGGCUGUAGAGUACCUUGAAUUGAGUAGAAAAGGUGCAGCUUUGAUGGAUGUACUAGCUGAAAUGCCAAAGUUCCCUGAACGACAGUCUCCAUUGAUAAAAAAGGCUGAGGACUCUGAGGCCGAUACUGCUGAACAAAGUGCUAUCAAGUUACGUGCACAGCAGCAGCAACAGCCUUCUAAUGCGUUGGUGGUGACUGACCACCAGCGGCCUGCUAAUGGGAGCACACCUGUUAGCCAGCUAGGUCUUGUAAAAAUACCAAACCCGAGCAAUGUGGAUCAUAAUUCAGUAGACCUAGGGGUGACUCAGACAAAUGGGACUUUGACGUUAGUUGACCCCCAACCCUCUUCAACACCUUCUCCUCCUGAUCUUCUUGGAGACCUUUUAGGUACAUUGGCCAUUGAAGGCCCUCCUGCAGGCGGUGAUGCCCGAGCUGACCAGAAUUUGGUAUCUGGUGUUAGAGGUUCUCCAAUCAUAGAUGAUGCUUUAGCACUUGCACCAGUUGAAGAGCAGACACAUAUUGUGCAGCCCAUUGGAAAUAUCGCAGAAAGGUUUCAUGCUUUAUGUCUCAAGGAUAGUGGUGUAAUAUAUGAAGAUCCUAAUAUUCAGAUUGGCAUAAAAGCUGAGUGGAGACUGCAUCAAGGACGGCUUGUCCUCUUUUUAGGAAACAAGAAUACUGCUCCACUUGCUUCAGUACAAGCUGUAAUAUUGCCCCCAUCACAUCUAAGGAUGGAACUGUCAUUAGUGCCAGAUGCUAUUCCCCCGCGUGCGCAGGUUCAAUGCCCGCUUGAAGUGGUCAACCUCCGUCCAAGCAGGGAUGUAGCUGUUCUUGAUUUUUCUUACAAGUUUGCAACCCAUAUGGUCAAUAUUAAACUUCGGCUUCCAGCUGUCUUGAACAAGUUUCUUCAGCCUAUAUCCGUUUCUGCAGAAGAAUUUUUCCCCCAAUGGAGAUCACUCUCUGGACCACCAUUGAAGCUCCAAGAAGUGGUUAGAGGUGUAAGACCUAUGUCACUUGUAGAGAUGGCUAACUUAUUCCACAGUUACCGGUUGAUGGUUUGCCCUGGGCUUGAUCCAAAUGCAAACAACUUGAUUGCGAGCACAACCUUUUAUUCAGAAAGUACACGAGCCAUGCUGUGUUUGGUAAGAAUAGAAACGGAUCCAGCAGAUAGAACCCAGUUGCGUAUGACAGUAGCCUCUGGCGACCCAACUGUAACUUUCGAGUUGAAGGAGUUCAUCAAAGAACAUUUAAUUGUCAUUCCCACAGCAGCUCCUAGGCCCUCUGCUGCAGCAAUAGCAGCAGAAGUGCCUCCACACCCAACACCGGCUCCAGCAGUAUCAGCAGAUCCUGGGGCUUUCCUUGCUGGUUUGCUCUGAGUCAACUUGGUCUUAUUGAAGAACUCCACAGGGGGACCACAAUCAACGUUUUUGUCAAACUUGUUUAUAUCUAUCUCUCUCUAUAUAUAUCUCAAGCCUGACCAUUUUGGACGAAGGUAUAUUCAACAACAAAAAUGCCAGGGCUGGCGGAAGAAAUGGCAGUGGAAAAGGUCUGGUAGAAGCAUUUUACGCGAUUCAUUUGCACGGAUUCAUUGUGCUUUUUUCCCUUUUCUUGAGGGGUUUUAGAUUUGUAGAGUGGGGUUUAGCAUUUUACUGUUUUCUCUCUUGAUUUUAAUCGUCUGUUUUUACACGAUUGGCUUCAGCGGCAGAGCUUGAAAUAGCGAAAAAUUGCAGAUUGGUUGUAACUAUUGCAUUGGUUUGUUCAUAUCAUAUGUAUUUUAGGGUUUUAUAGUUCCUUAAUUUUUUCUUUUUUAUUAUAAAAGAAGUUUAAUGUAGUAAUACUGACUACUGAGGUUUACCGCCACACAUUUGAAACAUCCUGAUUUUACACAUCUUGUAUUCUUGUUGUAUUCUUUACUUUCUUCUUUUGAUUUUGGUUGUGGC